GACAUCAGCACGGAGCAGAUUUAGAACGUUUAAUUGUUAUUAGCAAGUAGCAAUCCCGUCAUAUCAAAAGCUCGCGAAGAGGUUCGUGCAACUUUUUCCGUUCGCAACAAAGAAGGGAGAGUAAGUCCGGAACUCCCCCUCCACCCCACGGCGGACCGUAGUAAAACGGGAAAGAACUGUUCCCUUCGUUUUACUGCCCCGUUUCUAGGGCUUCCCGUGCAGCAACGUCCCCUGUGGUAAAGCAUAAACAACGGCAGCACAAUGCACAAGCUGGACGAGAAUGCGCUGGCUCGUAUGCUGUCCUCGUACCGAGAUCCGACCACGACCAAAAAGGAUGUCAUGAACGCGUUGCGGAUUUACCACGGAUUGCAGCAUCGGGUGGAAGAGUACGUGUUCAACGAUGGCAGCACGAAGAUGUUGCUCAAUCUGCACGGCACCAUACCGGUAAAGUAUAAGGGCAACACGUACAACAUACCCAUCUGCAUCUGGCUGAUGGACACGCAUCCGAAGAAUGCCCCGAUCUGCUACGUCAAACCGACGCCCGAAAUGCGCAUCAAGGUGUCUGCGUACGUGGAUUUCAAUGGAAAAAUCUAUUUGCCAUACCUGCACGAUUGGAAUCCGAAAAAUGCCGAUCUGCUGGACCUGAUUCAAAUCAUGAGCGUCACAUUCGGCGAAGUGCCUCCGGUGUAUUCGAAAGGACCAGAAACAACCUACCAGCCGCCGUCUUACAUGCCGCCGACGCCUGCCACCAGCACCUCAUACAACCCACCGUACCCAACGCAACAGUUCACUCCGUACCCGGUGCCGGGGCCAGGAUAUAAUAGCUACGGACAGCCUGCACCCGGUGCUGCCGGGCCCGGUUAUGGAAUGCCUUACGGAAUGCCUCCCUACCCGCCGGCUCCUGGGUCAAUCUCAGGCCAAACUCCAAGCGUGGGCACCGGAACCAUCACAGAGGAACACAUUCGUGCAUCGCUCAUCAGUGCCGUGGAGGACAAGCUGAAACGCCGGGUGCAGGAGAAGGUCAACCAGUGUCAGGCGGAGGUGCAAACGCUGCGGCGAACUCAGCAGGAGCUAAACGAGGGCCAAGUUAAGAUCAAGGAAAUCAUGUCCCGGCUCGAACGGGACGAAAAGGAGCUGACGAAGAGUAUUACCGUGCUGAAGGACAAGGAGAAGGAGCUGGAACGUGCGCUGGAAUCGUUGGACAAUGUGGAAUCGAUCGAUGUCGAUGAAGCAGUUACCACCACUGCCCCGCUAUACAAGCAACUACUGAAUGCCUACGCAGAGGAGGCCGCCAUCGAAGAUGCAACCUACUUCAUGGGAGAAGCGCUUCGCAGCGGUGUGAUCGAUCUGGAGGUGUUCCUCAAGCAGAUUCGGCAGCUGUCGCGGAAGCAGUUUAUGUUGCGUGCGCUCAUGCAGAAAUGUCGACAAAAGGCUGGCUUUAGCGCGUAACUAGCUGUGCAAGCGCGCAAGCCGGCAGAUUCGGCGGUACCAACGUCUUGAAAUUUCUAUGCGCUUAUUUUUCGUUUCUGUUUUCUGCUCUAUCUCUUCCCUGUGCCUAUAUCCAUUUAUGUUUGUGCAAGAGGUCUCUGGCUCAGCUGGCCUGUUACUUUUCAUCGUCUAUUCAUGAUAUUAUAGUCCUCUCAUUUGUAUCGUUCUAUGGAAAGCGUAUAAUAAAGCUUACACACAUUGCGAAUAGCGAAACACA